GGCGUCGAAAGCCCCUGAUUUUGGACGGAAAGGUCGUUGUUCGUGUGUGACUGGGUUCAUGCAACCAUUGAUGACGUGUGGAUUUUGCAAAUUACGGCUCAGGUGUUGUGCGUUAGGUUGAUCAGUGGUGUGUGGUUACAUUUUGGACAAAAGGUAACUAAGCUGUCUGCCCGGCGGUGGCAAGACAUGUGUCUUGGUGUAAGGUUGUGGAUCGCCGCAAAUUGAUGAAGACGUGGAAGCUAUGUGUUUCAAAUAGUACUCAUUGAAAAAAGCUGAACAUAGUUGCUAGGUCUGCCUGUGGCCUGAGCCGGCGCUGCGCACGCCAGCCAAUCGUGAGCCCCGCGCGCCCUGCGCCGACGGCGGCGCGCGUCAGCGACACAGUCGGACCAGGGGCGGCGCGGCGCCCGCUCGGCCGCCGCCAUGGACCUCAGCGUGAAGCGGGACCCGGCGUCGAAGGUGGGCGAGGCCAUCAUGGACCUGUCGAGCCGAGGCAUCACCGUCACACGCAUGGGGGAAGGCGCCGGCAAGCGGUCGGCGCCCGAGGAGGGCCGCGGCGGCCGUCGCUCGCUGCGGCCGCGCACCGAGAAGAACUAUACAGAGGCCACCGAACUGGUGGUGGUCGAGGAGGAGACGGACGACGACAGCGACGUGGAGAAGCCGCUGCCGCCCAUCAAGGAGCUGUCGCCGUCCGAGCUAGCCGAGAAGAUGGAGCUGAUCCGGAAGUUCCGCGAGGAGCUGCGCAACGAGGAGAGCAAGCUGGUGCUGCUCAAGCGGGUGCGCCAGGUGCAGGCUAAGGAGAACGUGUCGGUGGCGCCGCCGGUCAAGCCGCCGGCCGCCGCCAAGGCGGCCAAGGUGUCGACGGCUGGCUUCACGCCGCCGCCCAGCGUCACCAUGUCGGUGAAGAGCUCGUCGGGCUCGCGCGGUGGCGGCGGCGGCCGCGGCGGCUCGGGCACCAGCUCGGUGUCGGUGAUCCCGACGGGUCGCGCCAGCGGCGGCGGCGGCGCGCACACCACGCUCUCCAGCCUGAUGGCGGCGCAGCACGGCCUGCUGAAGACAGGCGCCAGCUCGCCGCACGGCCAGUACGGCGCCGCCUACGGCUCGUACCCGCUGACGGCCGAGGUGGACAUCCGACGCGAUUCGCCGGUGCUGUCGCGCCAGCCGGAGCCGGCGCACCACCGGCCGGCCGAGCAGACGCCCGAGCAGCGCCAGCAGGUGGCCAAGCUGGCGCUGCGCAAGCAGCUGGAGAAGACGCUGCUGCAGAUCCCGCCGCCCAAGCCACCGCCGCCCGAGAUGGGCUUCAUCCCGUGCGGCACCAACACGCCGUUCGUGUACCUACUCGGCCUGGAGAAGGUGGUGGACUUCAUCAAGUCGGAGAACCCCGACACGUCCAGCUGGGAGAACUUCAGCUGCAGUCAGUGCCGACGCGACUUCACCACCGUGUGGAAGUGGGAGCGAAACCGGACCGGCCGCGUCACGUGCGAGGACUGCGUCACCAGCAACAUCAAGAAGAAGCUGAAGGCGGAGCACACCAGCCGCCUGAAGACGGCCUUUGUCAAGGCGCUGCAGCAGGAGCAGGAGAUUGAGCAGCAGCUGGCCAAGAUGGCGGCCGCCUCGCCGUCGGCGCCCGCCUCCACGCCGCUGCCGCCCACUCCCGAGACUACCAUCACGCCCAUCCCGGCCAAGCGCGACUCUCAUCACUCAAGCCGCGACGCUCACCACGGCGCCCGCGACGCUCACCAUGGCGCCCGCGACGCUCACCACAGCGCCCGCGACGCUCACCACAGCGCCCGCGACGCUCACCAUGGCGCCCGCGAUGCGCACCACGGCGCGCGCGAGGCGCACCACUCGUCGCGCAGCUCGCCGCACACGGCGCGCGACGCGUACCACGCGCGCGAGGCACACCAGCCGCGCGAGGCGCACCAUUCGCGCAGCUCGUCCACCGCCAGCAAGCUGGCCGCCGCCGAGGUCGAGUAUAUGAAGAAGCUUGCCGAUCCCAAGUACGCCUCGGCGUUGAUGAACCCGAUGAUGAUGGCCGCCGCCGCCAUGAACCAGUCGGCGGCGCUGGCUGCGCAGCAGCAGAUGCUGCGGCUGCCGGGCGCGCAUGGCCAGGCGGCGCUGCAGCACAUGCUCGGCCAGUUCAACCCGCUCAUGUACUCGUACCAGCUGGCGAUGGCGCAGGCAGCCCAGGCGGGCGGUGCCACCGGCGGCGGCGGCAGCGCCGCCAAGACCAGCCAGGCCCUGGCCGACAUGCAGCGCCAGUACCUGCUGGACAUGCUGCCGUCGCAGGCGCUGCCGCCCGGCUGGGGCGGCACCUCCGGCAAGAAGUAGCCGCCGGCGCGGCGCGGCGCAGCGCGGUGGCGGGCCGGUGCGGCCAGGUACAAAGGACGCUGUCCCGGGGCGGACAGAGCACGACGGUGCAGCUGCGGCCGGCUGACAGGUCGGCACGGACGGCAAGGGCGGCGGUGUGCAGGGCGGACGAUCGGCGGCGGCCUUUGGAGCCCUCCGGUGCGCUGGUGGGGGUGACGGAGUGCCGUCCGGGCUCUGCGGCCGCGAGCGGCACUGACAGGCCGCCAGGGCUACGGCCUGUCCGGUCACCGGUGUUCUUUGUGAUCAAAAGUGUCGCCGUCAGGCUCGCGCGCGGCUGUCAGGCCGCUACUUGCCCCGCCUGAGGGCGUCUGUCCGGUCACGAGUGCUGCCGUCGGGUCACGCACAGUUAUCCCGGUCGGGUCACGGGCGCGUGUCUCGGUGCGGCCGGAUCAUCUUCGUUGGAUCCCACCAGAGGUCUUCAAUUGGCCGACCCCCGCCGGACAGAGUUGUGCUGCAGUUGUGUUCUGUUGGUUUUCCGCGUUGCCGCCAGGGGGUGGGUCGGGGUCCUACUGGAAGAGAGCGCGUUUUUGUUGCGCGAAUCAUGGUUCGGCGUAUCUCAUUUAUGGCCCACGAAAACCUGCGUUGUUGCGGGGCUGAAUUGUGUCUCAUUUCCAGGCCCCUCAGUUUGCUGCUCUUGCGCGUGAUGUGUUUAAAGGCCAUGGGUCGACUGACGUCAGCGCGCUCCGUGAAAGGGUCCAAUGCCGGCCAAGUAUUUAUGACGUGUAUCGUUGGAGGAAGCUUUUACAAGUAACGACGGGCGUGGGUCGGUUAUGUCGGCGUUCUCCAGUUUGUAGCCGGUUUUUCUAAACACGUGGGACAACGCGUAGUCGGGUGAGCUCUCGUGUUCGCCCCGUCAGCCGCCGCCGGACCGCCAUCGGCACGCGUUGCUCAUUUUCGCGGCGCGUCGGUCGUGGCGCGCGCGCGGCCUUCGUGGCGCACUGCACCGCCGACCUGUACCUGUCCUCAACACCUGUGAAAUAAACGGCGUCUGUCCUCG